AAUUUGACCGGCAUGCAUCACAGUGGUUCUUCGGCUAAGUUUCCUUCAGAGCCGCUGCAGUUCUACCAUUUCAGCAAAAAAUAUCGAAUAGACGAUGACAAUUUCUUUACGUUUACGUCCGUGGAGCAAGUGAAAUAUUUUCGACUUGUUUCCGCUUUUGAUUGCAUUUACAAAAUUCAUUUCAGCGUCGGGUUGAGGAACUGGUUUCCUACGCUGCUGCGCGACAGUCACGGUCUAGACGCAAGUCGAACGUGGACACUGUAUUGGAUUUUGCAUAGUCUUGAUCUACUCGAUGAGCCGCUUACAGCUGAAAUGGCAGUCAGAGCUGUUCGUUUUAUCCGAUGCUGUCAGAGUCCUGUUGGUGGAUACGGAGGUGGUCCCGGGCAGAUGGCUCAUCUGGCGACAACGUAUGCUUCUGUUAUGGUUCUGUGUAUCGUCGGCACCAAAGAAGCUUACGAUUCCAUCGAUAGGGCGAAACUUUAUUCGUUUCUCAAAUCCAUGAAGCAGACAGACGGCGGAUUCAGCAUGCACGAAGGAGGAGAAGUAGAUAUUAGGGGAGCAUAUUGCGCGGCCGCAGUGGCUAAGAUGACAAAUAUCAUGACACCAGAGUUGUUCGACAAAACGGCUGAAUGGAUCAUCAGUUGCCAGACCUAUGAAGGAGGAUUUUCGGCUGUACCUGACUGUGAAGCCCACGGCGGAUAUACGUUUUGCGGAAUAGCGGGUCUUCUUUUACUCGGCCGAGAACAACUCUGUCACACGAAAAGUUUGCUGAAGUGGCUCGCAAAUCGACAAAUGCGGUUUGAAGGUGGAUUUAAUGGACGCACCAACAAACUUGUUGACGGCUGUUAUUCGUUCUGGCAAGCGGCUUGCUUCCCUGCUAUGCACAAAAUGUUUAUAAAAGACGAUCCUAAAAAGUACGCUAGUCUUCAAUGGAUUUUUGAUUCGCAGGCUCUGCAGAACUAUAUUUUGAUUUGCUGCCAAUAUCCAUUAGGAGGCUUGAUUGACAAGCCCGGAAAAAAUCGAGAUUACUACCACACCUGUUAUAAUCUGAGUGGCCUGAGCAUUGCACAGCAUUUCGACAUGGAAGGAAAUGUCGCGUCGUUUGUUGUCGGUUCAGACAGCAACAAACUAGUAGAGAACGAUGCCAUCUACAACAUAACGCUACGUCGUUCGAAGGAGGCGCAGUGCUACUUCGAGACGUUAUCGUUGCCCUCGUAA